GGUUUUUUCAUAAAACAGAGUCGCCGGCACCAUGAACGGGCAAGACCGCGUGCAGAAGCUCAAGAACCAAGUCCGCACUGGCGGCAAGGGUACUCCCCGUCGCAAGAAAAAAGUUGUGCACAAGACUGCCGGCUCUGACGACAAGAAGCUGCAGACCACUCUCAAGAAGCUGGGUGUCAACAACAUCCCCGGCGUCGAGGAGGUCAACAUGAUCAAGGAUGAUGGUACCGUCAUUCACUUCAAGAACCCCAAGGUUCAGGCUGCCAUUGCUGCCAGCACUUUCUGCAUCUCUGGCAAGUCGGAGACCAAGCGCAUCACGGAGCUGAUGCCCGAUAUCAUCAACCAGCUCGGCCAGGAGAACAUGUCGAUCCUUCAGAACCUUGCUGCUGAGAUGGGUGCCCGUGGCGGUGUCACCCCUAGCGCCCUCGACGAGAUUGAUGGCGAUGAUGAGGAUGUUCCUGAGCUCGAGGGCCAGAACUUUGAGGCGGCUGCCGGCAAGGCGUAAAUGCGCCUGCUCGCUCUCAAAUGUCUUGGAUUGGGUGUACGCGGGGGUGGCAUUGAAUUUUCGUUUGUAGUUGCCAUCCAUCUUGCCCGAUUGAGAAAAGAGUUGGUGUGGGUGGUCUGUUGGCCGUGGUUGAUCAAGCGGGGUGAGCGCAGACAAUAUGCCUUGCCAAAGGAGAAUGUGCGAGGUGGGAAGCGAUUUUGCUUCUGUACUUUUGCGGCAAGCUUUUGGUGUGCAUUUGUUGAGUUUGUUUCAUUCUUGGCGCUUUUCUCUUUUGCUUCCAUGGCACCACGAUGGAUCGAGGCGGUGCUUAAGCCCAUACCUGCUCGUCCCUUACACGUUUCUCAAAUACUUUAAAAAAUCGAGAAGCCGAAAUCAA